AUCACUCCCCAGUCCCACAAUCCCCGUUAUUAUAACGACUGGUUUUGCUCCGCCAUUCCCGGAUAACCACCCCCUCCUCCACCACCAUGCCACCGCCGCCGUCGCCGGCCCGGUUGUUCUUCUUCCUCCUCCUCAUCAUACCCCCAUGUAUCCUGGCAUCCGCGGCGGUUUCUCAAGAUCCCGAUCAAGAAGCCGGCUGCACGGGCCGAUGGAUCCACAUCCGCCGCCUUCCGCCGCGGUUCAACCUCGACCUCCUCUCCAACUGCUCACAAUACCCACUCUUCGACGACUUCUGCCCUUACCUCCCCAACCACGGCCUCGGCCGGAAAACCCACAACUCCUCCCACAGCUGGUACCGCACCGACCCUUACAUGCUCGAGCUCGUCUUCCACCGCCGCAUGCUCGAGUACCCCUGCCUCACCCCCGAUCCCCGCCGCGCCUCCGCCGUCUACCUCCCUUACUACGCCGGAAUCGACGCCCUCCGCUACCUCUUCGGCCCCGACACCAACUCCAGCUUCCGGCACGGCCUCGAUCUGUACGACUUCAUAUCCCGCAAGGAUUCCGUCUCCGUGUGGAACAGAAAUCUGGGUCACGACCACUUUCUGGUCAUGGCCCGACCCGCCUGGGAUUUCACCCAGCCGUUGACCAACGACCCGCCGAUCUUCGGGACCUCGUUUCUUGAAUUGCCGGAGUUCUUCAAUCUCACCGCCUUAACCCUGGAAUCCAGAGCUUACCCAUGGCAGGAAAUCGCGAUUCCUUACCCCACCUCCUUCCACCCUCCCAAUCUGGCCUUCUACGAGGCCUGGAAGAACAGGGUGAGAAGGUCAAAGAGGACCACGCUGAUGCUGUUCGCCGGCGGCGGCGGAAUCUCGGCGAAUCCGAACAUCCGGCGGAGCAUCCGGCUGGAGUGCGACAACGCCACCAACAGCGCGGACCUCCUCCUCAAGGAUUCCGGGUACGAGAAGAUCUGCGAAUUCGUGGAUUGCUCCAACGGGGCGUGCGAGCACGACCCGAUCCGGUUCAUGAGGCCGAUGCUGGAGGCGGCGUUCUGCCUGCAGCCGCCGGGGGACACGCCGACGAGACGGUCGACGUUCGACGGGAUCAUCGCGGGGUGCAUCCCGGUGUUCUUCGACGAGAUGACGGCGAGGCGGCAGUACGGGUGGCACAUGCCGGAGGAGAAGUACGAGGAGUUCUCGGUGUUCCUCCCGAAGGAGGAGGUGGUGUUCAAAGGGAGGAGCGUGGUGGAGGAGCUGGCCAGGCGGCCGAGAGGGGAGGUGUCGAGGAUGCGGGAGAAGGUGAUAGAGAUGAUGGAGAGGGUUAUGUACAGAAAACAUGGAAGCUCGAUGGGGCUGAGGAACAAGAAGGACGCCAUUGAUAUUGCAAUUGAAGGAACUCUGCAAAGAAUCAAAUCUAAACUUGAACACUCUUCAGCUCAGUGAUGAAUUCUUGAAUCUUCAUCUUCAUCUUCUUGUUCUUUCAUUUCUUAUUCAUGGUGGAGGGGUGAGACACUUUUAUGUAAAGUCUCCAUAGCCAAUUUCUUGUUAAUUUGGUUCACCCCAAAUUGAGUGUUUUUGUAGUUUUAUUGUAUGAAACAAAAAAAAAAGAUUGAAUUCCACU